AUGGCGACCAAGGAGAAGGCUGAGAAGGAGGCGGCCAAGGCGGCGGAGAAGGCGGCCACGGAGGAGGAGAAGCUGCGCAAGGCGCAGGAGAAGGAGUCCAAGAAGGCGGGCAAGGAGGCCAAGUCGGCGGGGCCGAAGAAGAACGUCUCGUCCUACUUCCACUUCCAGGGCGCCCGCCGCGCCGCCCUCAAGGAGGCGCACCCGGAGCUCGGAGAGCCCAAGCGGAAAAAGGAGGCGGCCGCCGGCGCCGACGGGGUGGCGGCCGCCAAGCAGGCGGUCUUCUUCUACAAAAAGUCGCAGCGCUCCGCCGUCGCCGAGGCGAACCCCGAGGCUGCGCCGGCCGAGCUCGUGCAGAUGAUGGAGCAGGCCUUCGAGGCGCUGUCGGAGGAGGAGCGCGCGCCCUUCGAGGAGAAGGCGGCGGCGGACCUGACGCGGUACGAGGAGGAGAUCGCCGCCGAGGCGAAGGCACUCAUUGCUCUGAGCGAGCCCGCUCUGGCGGUAGGCGUCGAGUUUGUGCGCGAGCGAGCGUCCCGCGAGCCCGCGGCCGCCGAGACGAGUUGGCUGUGCUCGCGGCUCAAGGACGAGCACCGUAUCCUCACUUCGAUCGACGGGCCGCACGACAACGUGCUCGUCAUCAAGCCGCCCCUCUGCUUCAGCCGCUCCGACGCCGAGCAGCUCGUGCACGCGCUGAGGAGCGAGCUCGUCGGCAUGCGCGGCGCAGACCUCGCCGGCGUGACGGCGACGCCCACGUGA